AGAGAAUCAUGGAUUGGCUGCCUCCCACAGGUCACCCCUGGGGAUGGAGCCCACAACUUGGGCAUCAGCACUGGCCAGGCAGGCCUCUCUGUUUGGAGGGCUUUAAGUGGUGCCCACUCAAGCCGCUGAGCUAAGCAAGUGACUCUUAGCUAUCAGCAGGUCACUGUAUUGGCAGCAGCACCAACCCAGUAGCAGAAAAUCAGAGAAGAACACAACAUAAACCUAAAACUGCGCCCAUCCUUUGUACACGUGGUGUGAGAGUGCCUGAUGGUACAGCCUCGCCUGGUGGGAGGAGUGCACCUGCUAACAGGUGUGCAACUUGGCUGAGCCCAAGUCCUUAACAAGGAAGGGGUGGGGCUGAGAGCCUGUACCGGGUUUGAGAGCUGAGUCUAGGCCUCUCCGUUCCACAGUCGCUCCACUGAUGCGGCUCCUGGAAAUAAAUGGCUAUUCGGGCCAGCUUUUGUUCAACACACAGUUUAUAUAUGAUUAUAAAUGAAAAUUAACCACUUAGUUUUACUAUUGUCUAUCCACACUUCUAAAAUUAUUUUGUUCCCAUCAACCAAAUUACAGAAAUUUGAUCCGUUCCUGUUAGGUAACACACAUUCAUUUUAUUUUGUGGAGUCUCACCUAGAGAGCUCAGAUCAGGAAUUCUUCUCCCAACCCCUCCCCUGGGAGGUUUGUCAGUCUGUCCCAGUGAACCGGGCCUCUGGUCCCAUCUCCUCUUUCCCCGGAGCCCCUGGCAGCUCUACACCACCUUGUUCCUCAUGUUCCCAGGCUGGAAAGCUAGCCCGCUCCUGGGCGGUUGAGAAAACUACACUACCCAGAAAGCAAUGCGACCACGCACGGCAUUUUGGUGCCAGCGCAUCCGGUUAGGGCGGAACUUCCGCAGUCUUCUUCCCGGCGGACAUGUUUACUUCUUCCCCGGCUAUUCACCGUCUCCCGGGUCUCAGCGCGCCCAUCGGGAGAAGGAGGCGACCUGGGAGGCAGCGUCCGGCGGUGCAGGGUGUGUCUGAGCCUGUUGAGCCGCAACCUUCGGGAUUGGGGCGACCGUGCCUCCCCGACUCCUCUCCGCUGACAGAGUCCACUCAGCGUCACCCCAUUGAACCCUCCAGCCUCUGUUCCCGGCGCCGCUCAGGUCCCGCAGCCCAGGGCGCAGCGUCCAGCACAGAUAUGAACUUUGAGGACGUGGCCAUUGCCUUCUCUCAGGAGGAGUGGGGGCUCCUUGAUGAGGAUCAGAGACUUCUGUACUGCGAUGUGAUGCUGGAAGUUUUUGUACUCGUCUCAUCUGUAGGAUGUUGGCAUAGAAUGGAUGAUGAGGACUUCUGUCCUGAGCAGAGCAUAUCUGUACAAGUUGAGUCACAGGUCGGGGCUUCUAAGACAGCUCCAGCAACCCAGAGGAUGCAUCUGAGUAAGCAUUGUUUCUCUGUGUUAAAAGAUAUUCUGCACCUGACUGAGUCACAAGCAGCGGACAUUGAGCAGAAAGGCUUCUUCAUUGAUGCAUGUGUGAGAGACUCCUGUUUCAGUGCAAAUCCUCACCAGCCACAGAGGGAUUCCAGUGUAGAGAAGAUCUGGAAAGAAGACAUGGACAGGGCCUCAUUUGUGACCAGGUGCAGCUUCUAUUUAUCUUGGCUGCCUUCAAGCAGUAGGGAGGUUGGGAAAGUCUUCCCAGCCAUCUCAGAGCUUCUCCAGCACCAGGCCCCUCUCAACACUAAGGAGCCACACAGUGGCAGUGAGGUUUCACAGGAAUAUCUUGGUGGAAAAAGUCUUCCACACACUUGUAACUAUGAAAAAUUUGACAGCCACAACCAGAAAGUUGUUCAGCAUCAGGGUGCCUGCUCUGGAGAAGUGAACUAUGACAGUAACAAAUGUGGGAAAGUUUUUAGAGGAAGCUUUAACCUCCUUCAAACUGGAAGAAUUCACCCUAGAGAAAAGCCAUAUCAGUGUACUGAUUGUGGGAAGUGCUACAGGCAAAAGUCUCACCUCACUGAUCACUACCAUGUUCACACUGGAGAAAAAUCCUAUGAGUGUACUGACUGUGGGAAAUGUUUUAGGAACAAUAGUAACCUCCUAAACCACAAGAGAGUUCACACUGGAGAAAAGCCAUAUCAGUGUAGUGAUUGUGAGAAAUCCUUCAGGCAAAGCUCUCAACUCGCUGUACACCUCCGUGUUCAUACUGGAGAAAAACCCUAUGAGUGUACUGACUGUGGGAAAUGUUUUAGGAACAAUAGUAACCUCCUUAACCACAAGAGAGUUCACAGUGGAGAAAAGCCAUAUCAAUGUAGUGAUUGUGGAAAGUCCUUUAGGCAAAGCUCUCAACUCACUGAACACCACCGUGUUCACACUAGAGAAAAACCCUAUGGGUGUACUGAUUGUGGGAAAUCUUUUAGCAGCAAUUAUAACCUCCUUUACCACAAUAGAGUUCACACUGGAGAAAAGCCCUAUGAGUGUACUGUUUGUGGGAAAUUUUUUCGGAGCAAUAAUACACUCGUUAACCACAAGAGAGUUCACACUGGAGAAAAACCCUAUGAGUGUACUGAUUGUGGGAAAUCUUUUAGCAGCAAUAAUAACCUCCUUAACCACAAGAGAGUUCACACUGGAGAAAAACCGUAUGAGUGUACUGAUUGUGGGAACUCUUUUAUGAGCAACAUUAUGCUCCUUAAUCACAAGAGAAUUCACACUGGAGAAAAACCCUAUGAGUGUACUGAUUGUGGGAAGUCCUUCAGCAGAAGCUGCUACCUCUCUGAACACAAGAGAAUUCACACUGGUGAAAAACCUUUUGAAUGUAGUGAUUGUGGGAAGUUCUUUAGACUGAAGGGGAACCUCACGCAACACCACAGAGUUCAUACCGGAGAAAAGCCAUAUGAGUGUAGUGAUUGUGGAAAGUCCUUCCGGCUAAGGAAUUCACUUAUUCUACACCAGAGAGUUCACACUGGUGAAAAACCUUAUGAGUGUAGUGAAUGUGGGAAAUCUUUCAGGACCGGCAAUCAGCUCCUAAUCCACAAGAGAGUUCACACUGGCAUUUUAGCUGCAAACCUAGCCUUGUUAGAUAUGUGAGUUCACAUUGGAGCAAAGCCUUAAAUGUGCCAGGGAUGUAUUAUCUUUCUCACUCUACAACAUUGAAGGAGACUUAAAUCCAUUUACCUGAAUAUAAACCCCUUUUAUCUGAACAUACACUGUACAGAAUUCCUCAUAAGUUUGAGGUACAAGUGAGGUUUGAAGGAGCUGCAUUGCACUUGCUAACUUUCAAGGACUCCGACCUCAUUGAUGUCACUUCGAGUAUUUGUGGCUAAAGUGACCUCCUCUACCACCUGGUUCACCUGAACAGUGUGCAUCAGUCACCACCCCUACGUGCUCAGGAAAAAGGAAUUCUGUGUUCUCCCUUGUGCUUAAGUGAAUUAGGAAUACUCCAAGGUCUUUGCAGGAUCUUCAUUCUGUUCUCUUUGACUAGGAAAUGCACCUGAUCCAGUAUUCAUCCAAAUCUCCCAACCUCAGCUAAGAAGUGCUACCUCUUUCAGGGACAUUCUGGUUCUCACCUUAUGCUGUGAUGAAUUGUUACAAACUGAUUGCUGUAUACUGCUCUAUGGUGUUUUUGUAAUGGUGAUUUUGUUUUUGUACCUUUAAUUUUGUUGGUUCUAUUCACUGCGUGGGUUGAUUUGAAAGCACAAUUGUGAUCUGUCAGCAUAGAGUUAACGGAUACUGUGGGAUUCACAAACUUUCUGUGCUUCAGAAAGGAUAGCUUGAUGGCAGAAAAUCCUUCUUUGUCCAUUAUUCUUUGCAUUAAGGCCCAAGGCAUUGAAAUAAAGACCAUAUGACUUUGUGGUUGUAUUUUGCAGGUUUGAUCCCCAGCCCCCCAUUUUGACUGGUGUGGGAGGCAUCCAGUCAUUGUGUUUCUCUCUCUCAUUCCCCUCCCACUCUCUCUUUAAAAAAGAAAAAAACAACAAAACAUCCACCCUUCUUCACUAAGAUGGGCCUCUGCCUGCACAGCCCACCUUCCCUUAUUGCUUCCUGCCUUUGCCCGGGAUGUUCCCCCUGCAGGUGGGUAUGCUGUGUCCUGCCCAGGAGCUGGCAGAGAGGAGCCCAAGGCAAGGUUCUAUGAGGAAUUGGUGUUCUGUUUCUGCUUGAGAAGAGCAAGCCACGUUCUUCGGUCUCCAUCAAGAGGUCUCUCCAGCCUGCUCUCCUCAUCCCCAGGCACCUGGCCUGCUGCAAUUGAAUCUACAUUAUCUGGGUGAAGGCCCCUGAUGCUUUGGUCCCCAAAUGAGUUCACCUUAGAAAAAGUCUGCCUCUGACAAGCCCACAUACAUACCUGAGACCCACUGGUGUUGUUUGAGUCUAUUUUUGCACUGUGGGGGUAAUUUUCUACGUUGACUUUAUUACAAAUAAAGCACACACUCUCCUUACACCA